AAAGAUACCUAAACUACUUCAAGUCAUAGUAACAAGUGUAAACAGCCCGUGAGCGGUCUAGACCCAUUAUUAAUAAUGAAUAUCGAACUGAAGCCUAUGAGUAUACAUAUCUUAACAGAAAACAUUUUUGGUAUCUACAAAAACAUUAGCAGACUCAGCAAGAUAAAAAAAACAAUUGCUUUAACUAUAAUUUCCAUCGAAAUAUCUAUGUGUUUAUACGUUAUUUAUACCGAAUUGAAUAAUUUCAAAUAUGCAUAUUUUACGUGCGUGAUUCAGUUAUAUUCUAUUAUUUCUAUUUUGUUGUCCUGCUACUAUUCGAAAGCUUAUAUGAAAUUUUUAAAUUGUUUAAAUUCCAACGAUAUACUCGUUGAUUUUCUAAAUGACAAUAUAUAUUCCAAACGUUUGGCUUCACAUUUUAAAAUUGGCCUCCUGCGAUUAUGGUCAUACAUAUUCUUUUAUUUUUUGAUGGUAAUUACUUCCAAAAUCUUCGACGUAAACAUUGCGCUCCGUAGAGGGGAAGAUGUGAUGAUCAUUUUCGGCAGAGCCUUAAGUGUGCUCCGUUUACAUGUUGAACUAAAUUUUAUAUGCUAUAUAUUCCAUAGUAUAUCUGAACAACUGCAAUGCAUUACACGAUCUGUUGUUGAAAGAACUUCAUAUUAUUGUGAAGAAACCGACGCAAUACAAGAAAUAAAUUUAAAGAAAUGGCUCCAAAAUUAUAUAAAUAUCAAAAAAUGUACCGUGAUCUUUAAUAAAAUACUUGGAAUACAGGUAUAUCUUCAGUUUGUUUUUUUUUUGCAUAAAAAAACACUGUUUAAUGUUUUAAACAUUACAGAUGACAAGAAGCUAAAGGUAGUAAAAGAACUUUUGCGAAUUGUUACAACAAGACCAAUAGAAGUUAAAGCAUUUGGUGGUAUAGUUGUCAACAUGACACUCAUUCCGGCGUGCCUCACCGUCGUCGGGUGCUACACUGUGGUCGCUCUCCAGUUCAAUAAUGUCGUAUAAAG